AUAAAGUUAGAAGACGUUUUUCAUGAAUACGAUCCACGGAGAAAAGGACAUGUCAGCAAAGAUGACUUCAGGAAAGCUUGCAAGGAAAUUUUUCAAGAACUUCUGACGGAAGAACAGCUGGAUGGAAUUCAGAGUCACUACUGCAGUGAUGACAGACCUGACCAGUGUAACUGGUCAAGCUUCAUGCACGAUGCCGAAUCUGGUUUGUACCAUGCUCGUUUUAGUCCCUGUUCAUCUUUAAACAUCUUUUAGCACAGGUAGCCCAAGCUUGAAAUAUGAGCAUCGGCUGACAUCGGCAUUGUUGCGUAACAUUCUAAAUAUAAGGAUUUGUAUGAAGAAAAAACCUAUCGUUUCUGUCACCUAGGAAAAUGAAAGGAUUUCAAUAAAGAACAGCUUACCUUACAGAAAAUGUGUGUUACGUCUCUCCUGUGUGGUCCAUGGGCCGAUUUAUGGCUUGUACUGUGAACGGUUUCCUCUCUCUAUAGAGAGAAAACCGUUUACAGCACAACCCAUUUAGCGGCCAUAAAUCGGCCCAUGGACCACACAGGAGAGACGUAACACACAUUUAAGACAAGGUAAGCUGUUUUUUAUUGAAAUACUUUCAUAUUCCUAGGUUACAGAGACAAUAGGUUUUUUCCUCAAACAAAUCCCUAUUUUUAGAAUGUUGCGCAACGAUGCCGAUGCUCGCCGAUGCUCAUAUUUCGAGCUUCGGCUACCUGUGCUUUUACCUUUGAAAUAAACUUCUUGAGCUUGUACGUUUUGUUUUACCAAGGUCUCAGGGGAAUUUGUCUUUUCAUAAAUUCAGUGCGUACAUAUGCAAGUAAAUAAGACAAAAUUGGAAAGAACCAGUUUUCUAGAGUAUUAUCACAUGACCUGCAUUGGGAAAACAAAACAUACAAGCUAAAGAGGUCCAUUGUCGCCCAGUGUAGGGUAAUCCAAGAUGGUUUUGGAUUCCGGAAACCACGUCGGGAUUCCAGAUUCCUUCCAAGUAAGACUUGGAUUCCGGAUUUCAAUCGUUAGCGGGAUUUGCGACUGGAUAGUCUGCUGUUUAUUAUCUGCGGUGAUAUAUUUGCCGAAAGCAAAUUAUUUACGUGGACUUUGUUACAGAUAUGGGCAUAAACGCCUCUCUCUUUUAACGCUUCCUAUCUCUCAAACGCCGUAAACACUUCGGCUUUCCCAGCCGGGUCACUCCCAGCUCGGUCGAGAGAGGACAAUCUUACUAUUGUUAAUGUUUUUCUUUAGCAAAUAACUUGCCUCCAGCUUUCCAUUCUUACUUCUUUUAUCAGGUACCACUGCACAGUCUGACGGCGACUUAGAAACUAAAACACCAACUAAAGAAGUGAUAUUGAAAAAGGUGGCUCAGUCUCUGAAAGACAAAGAUGUUAUGGAUCUACUCGCACGUCCUACUUCCCAAGAUGCUAUCAGGUAGUUCAGAUAACCCCUAAAAUCAUACAGAUAUCACUUUCUCCGCGAGAUUAAGUCUAAGGAUAAGCGUAGAAAUCAGUCCAUUCUGAUACCAGUUACCAGAUCUGGGUAGUGCUUCUUAUUGGUCGUGCCGUGUGGGAAGUUUGCUUCAACUGAUCAGAAGCACUACCCAGAUCUGGGUAGUGAAGCGUCAUCAGUAAGGAACUUCUGCACUAUUUCGUGGGGAAAGCGGUAGUGGCGUCGCGAAAUGUCGACUUUUAAGGUAGGGGUUCAUACGUGUAUACCCGUUGAACUUGCCGGCUUGAAUAUUUAAAAAACAUUCAAGCGGACGAAUGCUACUGAGCGAAUAUCACUACAUGCUGCCAAUGGAUCAAACUCAAUUAGUUCCAUCCAUAACCGUGAACAACAUGUAAAAGACAUGAAACGACAACAAUGACUUGAAUUUUUGAUGGACGCACGUGGUAAAAGAACGAUCCAAAAAAAGUCUGCAGAGCUGAAAAAAGAGGCUAUAUUCUUUACGACCUAGGCUGUUUUCCACCUAGAUAGGGUUUUUGACGGGACUAAAAAUUUGGCCUCAUUUGUACCUCACUGAAUAUUUAAGUAAACUUUCCACCUUACAUGCAACUGUCCAUGCACUCUUUGGUGAAGUGAAAGAACAAGACUUGAACACGGAAAUAUUCGAAAUUCUUCUCUAGUACGCGGAAAAUAGGCGAGCUUGUCAAGACAAAGCGGACGGACAAAUCUAUUAUCCACCAAAUUUACCUUGACGUUUUUCAUACAUUUGUACUCUUUCCUUAGCAAUAAAAUUGAUGAUGUGGAAUUUGACGAGGAGCAAUUAUUUCAGCAUAUAAGCGAGGCCAUUGAUCGAGAGGAUAUGAAGGUGAGAAAGACAUUAGCUGAAAUACAGAAAAGCGACGCAAAACAGCAAGAAAGCGUUUUUUAAAUAAAAACCCACUUUUUUAAGGGAGAUAGUUUGCUAUUAACUAUAAUUCUAGAUAAAAGUCCUUGGGAUAGUGAUGCAGUAGUCCUGACUUUCUACAAUUUUUGGGUGUCUUUACAACAACAACAACAACAAAUAUCAGGCCAGCUUUUUAAAAAUAUCUUGCAGUCCGCCCUUUCCCCGUCCUGUACAAAGUUGAAACUCGGGGAAAAUUCGGGAUAUACGCAUUCAUCGUUGUUUGUGGGGUGGGGGAGGGGUUGGGCAUGUGAAAAUAAAAGAGAGCCCCACAAAUGCAAAAGUGUCUUGAGAAUUUGUCCAUGAUUGCACUUUAGGACUGCGUUGACAGAAAGUCGUUUUAUAUCUUUCAUUCGGCAAUGACUCUCCACCUGUCCCUCACGUCGGACCAUUAUCUGUCAGGUGAAUAAAUACAGUGGACAGUGACCAAAUGAUGAUUGCCACUGACUAUACCUCACGUUUUGACAUGAACUAUGUUAUAAUAACUAUUAAUUAUAUAGGUUAUCAUGGAAAUGUACACAGACGACCUGGGAUUUAGACAUCAAGAGUUCUUCCAUGAUUUGAAGGUGAGGUUUUUGUAUAAGGGUUCAUUAUACUUUUACAUGUACCCCUUGAAAUUGCGGACCUUGAUCAGUUCCUUGAUUACCUCAGAAUCUAGUACAAUGGCUUCACUAAUAAAUAAAUUAAUAUGUGCUUAUUUUCAUGCACAUUUGAAGGACUUGCAAUGAGUCAAUCCUCAUAAAUGUCUGCGAUUCGAUGUCGGAUGUGUCUCUAGUCACUAACAGAUUUCGAAUAUAUUUUUUCCUUAAUCAGGAACUGGCAGAUUUUUCUGGAAAAGCUCGCGUAUCUUCAAGGAAAAACCCUGCGUCAACUUCUUCAACAUCUAUAUCUGUUGAUAUUCCUGAACAUCAAUCGCAAUCCUCGUCAAAACCAAGUGCAACUGCCAUCCGGCGAAAUCGAGGGCGGUUUUCCAUUUCAUACGAAGCUUUGGUGUGGAUCGUAUUCUUGGUUCUGACAACACUAUGUGUCGUUGACCACUUCGUUCUCCAAGGUGAUGCGGUUCUAAAAAGAGGAGGAAAGCUUCCCAAACGCAUCUGGGGGACCAACUUGGGCGAGACGAUCACCAAUGUGGUUUGGGCUGUUACAGCACGUCUCAUCAUCACAUCCCAGAAUCUCAUGUUCUACACGAUGCUAUGGUGCUUUCCAAAUUUUAUCGCCGAAACCUGUCCAGGGUGGCUAACUGUCGAAGGCAUUCGUGAAGUUCACGUGAGAAUUCACAGAUUAGCUGGUAUCUUUCUGAUCGCCAUUCCUUCGCUUGCCCACGUUCUGGUGAUCUUUGUUCCUCCCCUCAUAGACGGAACAGCACUCAAAUAUUACCCACCGAGUAACUUCAACUACAGUUCCUCUCUAGGGCAUUUGAAUUGGUCCAAGAUCUGGGACCCUGCAGCCGUCCAAGGCUGGACGUUCAACGAUCACACCGGAGUUCACCUAACCUCUGACGAGAUCUACCGAUUUGUGCUCAUGAUCGUGUUGUUUUGCUUACUCUUUCCCCUGAGCAGAUCAAAUUAUCUCAACCAUCGAAGUUACUCUUUGGCCAUGACAUUGCACGCAUUUGCUGGGAUCUGGUACGCCAUUGACAACAUUCGGAAGAUCACUCACGGACUGGCACAUGUCUUCAAUCUACCCAUCCUCAUCAUUUGGUGUGUAGACCGAAUUCUUUCCAUUUUCCUGUAUCGAUAUCACCGGGGUCACAUUGUGCGGAAAGAAGUUCUUGGAAACAACGAGUAUGUUGUCCUCUAUGUGAAACUUGCUAAAAACGUGAAAAUCGCUGUUGGCGAUGUCUAUUAUCUUCACCAUCAAGUUAGGGACAACACCGAAAUUUUGCCUCAGAGAUCACAUCCUUUCACAACGUUUGGAAAUUUGUCGCAAGAUUCUACCUGGGACAUUGGUUUUGUAAUGUCGAUAAUUGAUGAUGACAAGCAAUUGUGCCUCCCUUGGACAAAUUGGCUGGCAGAGGUUGAGAAAACGUCUCUUCUGCACGUGUGGGGACCUUAUCGUUCGUCUGUUGCGAAGCUGUACCAUCAACUUGUUAGAGAGUCAGAAGAUAUGGAGCGCCCUUCACACUAUCUUCUGUUCGCAACAGGCUCCGGAUGUGGUUAUCUCUUGGAUAUCUUGAGCUUUCUGGCCCACACAGCACCAUCGCAAAGAAGGUCACCAAGCCAUAAACAAAUUGCGAUUGACAUCUUCUACUCGGUCCGAAGCAAGGCAUUUUAUAACUUUUUUCGUAAACCCAUUGAAGAGCUACUGAAGAAGAUAAAAAACAAGAAUGCUGCAACGGUCACCUUCCAAUUUCACGUCUCUAGUUCGCGAGAGGAACUCAACGAAGCCGAUGAAAGUCCAGCUGCAGAAACCCAUACCCGACUCAUAAAUGGUCGAAUGGACUUCGAGAAAAUUCUGAAGUCGGCUCACAAAAAGUCUCGUUGCUAUUUUGUGGGACGGCCAGCCAUUGCCGAACAAUUGGAAGAGAUAUGCAAGCGGAAAGGAAUAAAAUUGACAAAGGAUUACACAAAUGGAAGAGAAGACCAAAAAGAUCGCCCCUUGUUAAUCAAAUACUUUAAGAUAGGUUUUUGGGUUGUCCUUUCCGUUAUAACAGUUUGCGUUGUGGUUGGUCUUGUAGCUGAUGUCAGAAGCAUCAAAAAAUCUCUUCAAGGCCAUGGUUUUAAUGGGACCAGUUUGGUUAGCGCUUUUUAA